AUGUCCGCUAUUGGAAAAUGGAACCCAUACAACUACGGUGGACAAUGGAAUGCUGUCUACCUUAUGGUCGGAAUGUCCGUUGGCCAUCGUGAUACUUUUUGCAAUGUCAACGCUUUUUGGAAUAAAAUUGAACUAAAUGGACAGCUACAGGAUCAGUUACAGACCGCAGAGAUUGAAGCUGUUAGUUCGUUGAUAAGUGUUUCCAAAAAAACCUUUGCAACAACAAUUAGAAACGUUCAUUCGGCAAUCGAAAAUGUUAACGAUACAUUGACAAUAACAGGAACAGAAAAUCCAAAAAAACGACCAGAAGAAGCAACUUCCCCUGUUAUUACACCUCCUCCCAACUUUCACGGUCGUUCUCCCCCUCCAUCCUAUAAAAGUGGAGAUAAUUCUUUUGACGCCGAAACAUCAACCGAGGCCUCUCCCUCUCCAGAUGAGAUAGACACUUUCUUCCAAGGUCCUCCCAAUGUUGUUAAAGAUGCGUCUAGAAAGCGUAGAACAUCCACUAUUUUUAACACCGAUGAUGCAAUCGUUGAUGUUGGACAAACUACCUGUGAUGAAUCAGAAUCACCCGUCAAAGCAGAAAAAGCGGAAAAAUCAAAAACGAUAUUCUCAUGGGGACACGUUGUUGACAAAUUAAAAAUUUCUGAUAAAUCGGAUCAUGAUUGGUUAGCCAACGGAUAUAAUAUUUCUAAGGAUUUUCGUGAUUUCCAGAUGAGUACGGAUAAACUGGAGUAUUUAAAAUGUUCUGAACAAAUUUGGCAAGAUGCGUUACCAAAACCUUUGAUUCCCUCAGAAUUGCCAGUCAGUGCUCAGUUAAAUAUUAUGCAAUAUAGUAGAUUUCUAACGGAUAAAAAAUUGCUACGAGAGAAAUGGUGCCAUAACUGGACUAAAUGGGAACAUUCAAUGACCGAAGAAGAAAAGAAUAUUUUUGAAUGUGUCCAACUCGUAUCAAGAAACUUCUUUCUAAAUAUACCGUCAGAUAGUAUUGAUAAUAUUAUGGACAAAGACACCUUUGUUCACAAAUAUUGCCAUUCGAUGUUGGAAGAAAUAUUCAAUACAAGUAAUCUUAAACUCGUGUGGGCCAAUGGAGAAUCUGACAGUUCAAAGAAACGACGGAAGUCUGAUAACCAUAAACAUGGACGGAAACCAGAUUUCCGGGUUCUUUUCAAUAAAGAAAGUGAAAUUAUAUUCGGAGAAAUAAAACCUCCACGUGCUACUAAUGUAAUCGUAAAUAAAGCGUUAAUCAAACUCGCGGAAUUUAUGAAGGGAUCGUUAGAUUCAUUGCACAAACAAUUUGGGUAUUCUCAAGCUUCUGAAACCUUCAGAAUUAUUAUAAAUGAUGAAUUGAAUAGACCAACAACACCUACUGGCCUGUCCUAUCAUAGGGAUUCGAAUACAUCUUCUCAUCUGGUUCACAUCCCAGUCUUGAAUAUUCCACCUCCUGUGACAUUGACUGAAUUUUACUAA